CCCAUCGCGGACGACGUCGUAAAGCGUGGUGUUACUAUUCUCCACAAGCCCAUCCAAUGAUCUAAACCCUCCGAGGAGCGGAGGUUUCGAUUUUGCUUGAACUAAAGCCCUAAAGACAAUCGUCUUCCUUCUGCAACAAUGAAGCUCGUUAGAUUUUUGAUGAAGUUGAACAACGAAACUGUGUCGAUUGAGCUCAAGAACGGAACAGUUGUUCAUGGCACCAUCACAGGUGUGGAUAUUAGCAUGAACACUCAUUUGAAGACUGUAAAGCUUACACUGAAGGGAAAGAACCCAGUGACUUUAGAUCACUUGAGUGUGAGGGGUACCAAUAUUCGAUAUUAUAUCCUUCCUGACAGCUUAAAUCUUGAAACGUUGCUGGUGGAAGAGGCGCCUAGGGUGAAGCCCAAGAAACCAACUGCUGGAAGAGCUUUGGGUCGGGGUCGUGGCCGAGGUCGUGGGCGUGGACGUGGUCGUGGCCGCUAAUUGUUAUGUUGCAGUCAUCCUAAUUUUUGUGCAAUCUGGUUAUGUAAACUUCUGUAUUGUGGGAGAGUUAGUCCGAUUAUGUUCCUGUCCUGGAGGAAUUAUAUAGAUUAAUAUCUGGCAAUGUUAAUUUGCUUCUUUGAUUUUAGGUAUUGCUAUGACAUAUCUUGGAUGUUUCGUUGAAAUCACAUGAUCUAUUCCUGUUUCAAACCGAGUAUUUUUCAC